CUGUGGCAAUAUACGCUGUCAUAUAUAAAAACAUUAGCUGAAGAUUAUCGCAUGGAAUGUGAAAAAUAUUAAAAUAAUCAAAAUUAUCCGGCAUUUACUAUAAGAUGCUUACCAAUCGACUAACAUCAUUGUUAAGAUUUCCUUCGGUAGGAAUUCUCACAAAUAACUUAAAAGCACUAUCGAUAUUACCACAUCCUUCGAAAAAUCUAUGGUCGGGAGCAUCUGGAUCUAGUAAUUCCUUCGCCCAUCGCUACAGUUCUUCGCUUGUUUCGGUUCAACCGAAUAGCCAAAUAUUGCAAGAUGUGAACAACCAGCUCGAAACCAGCUCCGAAGGCCGUCUUUUUGCCGUAGUCCAGCUUUGCGGUAAACAGUUCAAAAUCACCACUGGUGAUAUAGUCAUCGUUGAAGGUUAUUGGCCACCAACAAACGGGGAUCAACUACGGCUGGAUAAAGUAUUGAUUGCUGGCGGGAAAGAUUUCUCUCUAAUUGGGAGGCCUCUCGUGCCUGCUGGCUCAGUUGACAUUCGGGCUACUAUUAUUGAGAAAACGAUGUCCCACACUCGGACACAUUUCAGAAAGAAGCGAAGGAAGCAGUAUAUGCGAACUAACUUCUAUCGCACCCAACAAACGAUGAUUCGGAUCAAUUCGAUAGAGCUUAACCCACUGUGUUCUGACGAGAAUGAUACUCGCAGUGAAGUUGAAAGAUUUUACUAGUUAUGUACAAUGUACAACUGAUUUAGAGCAAAUAAAAGUAAUUCAGUAAUUCAAAUACUGCUUAUUUGAUAA